UGACGGGUCUGCUGGAGCCACUGCUUGGAAACGAGGUACCCAGGGUGGCUCCUCUCAAGUCUCUUCCUGCUGCACCAGGAAGCGCCUGAGCCCCACUCACAACCCCAGGCCGCUCUGCAGGAAGCUGGCCAUGCUGACAGAAGGCAUGCAGCUCUGGCAUGGCUUAGUGAUCGCAUUCGUGUCCCUGGUCCUACAGGCCUGCCUCCUCGCAGCCAUCUACUACCUGCUCAGCAGACACAUGGCCAAAGAGAACGAACAGUUACUCAGAAGAUCCAGGCUCUGGGCCCCCAGGCCCAGCCCUGCCCACCACUGCUCACCUGCUGCACAGGAGGCGAAGGAGACGAAGGAGACCUGGGCCGAGAGCAGCACCCCUGCACGGGGGUCCCGUUACAGGAAGUUGGACUAUGAGGACAUCGAGGACGUGACAGAUUACGUCAAUGUCGACCCAAAAAGCCACAAGCACAAUUUCUGGACUUUUGUGAACCCUGCUGCCUCCGAGUCCGUGGAAUACUCUCAAGUGGCCAUGUGAAUUCCAGGGUCUGCUUUUAAAAGGGGGUCAAGUUCUCUACAAAUUCUCGUACUUAUUUUGUAGGGAAUUACUUUCUGUUUUGGGUGUGUGUGUGUGUGUGUGUGCGUUUUAACAAGGCUUGGGGGGAAAAAAUAGGCUGUAUCUCAGCAAGAAAGGAUCA